AUGCAAAAGAGUGCCACACAAAGAGAGUUUCGCAUUUUGAGCUCGCUAACAUCAUCGAUAGCUGGGACUAGCCGAACUCUACACUCAUCAAAAUUAAACUUUUGGCAGGGGUAUGAAAAUGAGCGACAUUAUGAGCCAGGCGAGGAACCGUUAAAAAGAACUUGGCAUGGACUCUCCUACGACUUUCGACGCUGGGCAAGACGAUAUCAGGAGGCGAGAAAAGAUGCCUGGCAGAGACGCCAUCCCAUACAACAUAUGAAACCUGCCGUGAUGGAUCACGAGUUAUUGCCGUAUAGAGCUGAGAUCUUAAUUAUAGGUGGCGGCUUAACAGGUUCGUCUGUUGCUUAUUGGAUAAAACAACGCUUCCGGGAUGAAGAUUUUCGAGUUGUCGUUUUAGAAAAUAAUGACAAGUUUCAACAGAGCUCUACUAUGCUUUCUGUCGGCGGAAUUUCUCCACAACAUUCAUUGGCAGAAAAUAUCGAAAUGUCACUUUUUACGGCGGAGUUUUUACGUCAUGCCGGGGAACAUUUAAGAAUUUUGGAUAGCGAUCCACCUGACAUUCACUUUUAUCCAUGCGGAUAUCUACAUCUGGCAUAUAACGAAGAACAUGCUGAACAGAUGAGAAAUAACUGGAGACUGCAAAUAGAAAAGGGCGCACGAGUAGCGCUGCUCACUCGCCCGCAACUUGAAGAACGUUACCCAGGAGUAGUGUUUGAUGGAGUUGUACUCGGAAGCAUAGAAAAUGAAGGAGUUUUUGAUACAUGGCAACUUCUGAGUGCGUUAAGAGAGAAAAAUAUAACACUCGGCGUCCAAUACGUCAAAGCAGAGGUUGAAAGCUUUCAAUUUAUUGCCGAUAGAAUAUUGCCAGAAAUACAUGCAUUUGAAGAAGGUUCGGCUGCCGACGAAUUAGCACUACAAACACGCAAAGUAGUCGGAGUACAUGCACGCCCACAAAUGACUGAUGCUUCAGCACGACCUAUUCGAUGCUAUAUGGCUAUCAAUGCUGCGGGGCCUUGGGCCGGAGAAGUUGCAAAGAAAAUGGGAGCAGGAACUGGGCCUGGAGUGUUGUCGGUCCCGGUCCCCAUACAGGCAAGGAAACGCUCUGUAUUUGUUGUUCAUGCGUCAGAGGCACCCACAGAACUGCCUAUGAUGGUUUUGCCUUCUGGAGUUUGGUUGAGACAGGACAGGCCCGGACACACGUUUUUAGUGGGGAAACACAUGACAAACGAAGAAGAUGAAUUGAUUGAUCACAGCAAUUUGGAAGUUGACUACAACAUAUUUUACGACAAGAUCUGGCCUGAACUCGUCAAAUUGAUACCAUCAUUCAAAGAAGCUGUGAUAAAAUCGGCGUGGGCUGGAUACGAAUCAGUAAAUACGUUUGAUGGAGUACCUGUGAUUGGAGAACAUCCGUUGCACAAGAAUGUUUAUAUGGUUGGCGGUUUGGGACAUCGAAAUGCUCAGCAUGCGCUGGCUGUUGGAAGAGCUUUUGCAGAAAGAUUAUUUGAUGGCGCUUAUGUGAAUAUCAAUCUCCGUGGCUGGGAUAUGCGUCGAGUCGUGAAGAACGAACCCUUGAGGGAAAGUAUGUGGCCA